GAUACUUUCAUAAUUAAAUUAUAUAUAGAUCGGGAUUUAAAACCAUUAAUCAAGAAUGGAGAAAUGUCGGCAGUAGUAUAGAUGGCUAGAAAUUGCAAUUCGUGGGUCUAUAAAUUGAUCAAGUCUCCCUUCGUCCCCUUCACAACGUUGUUCUUCCGGCACUGGUUUACACUAUUUAAGAGAUGGAGAUCAGUAUAAAGGAGUCUACCAUUGUUCGUCCAGCUGAAGAACACACUCCCAAAGGAAGUAUAUGGAACUCCAAUUUAGAUCUACUGAUUUCAAGAUACCACGUCUCUACUGUAUACUUUUAUAAGCCAAAUGGUUGUUCUGAUUUCUUCGAUACUGGAAGGGUUAAAGAGGGUUUGAGCAAGGUUCUUGUCCCAUUUUACCCUAUUGCAGGAAGGUUGGGGUAUGAUGAAAAUGGAAGACUUGAGAUAAUAUGCAACGAUGAAGGAGUUCUAUUCGUUGAAGCUGAAACUAGUUCAGUGUUGGAAGAUUUGAUUGGUAAUGGUGAUUUUACUCACAACUCUCACCUAGUUCCUAAAGUCGACUAUUCUGGUGGAAUAUCCUCUUAUCCACUUCUUGUGGUGCAGGUAACAAAGUUCAAAUGCGGUGGUGUUUGUCUGGGAGUUGGGCUUCAACAUACUUUAGGAGAUGGCACAUCGGCUAUUCAUUUCAUCAAUAGUUGGUCUGACACCGUCCGAGGCGUCUCGCCUGCCAUUGCACCAUUCAUUGAUCGAACUCUUCUUCGUGGUCGAGUACCACCAACGCCUAAAUUCCACCAUCUUGAAUAUGAGCCUUCUCCUCCACUGAAGGCUGCUGAAUCUGAUCUUAAGCCAUCCACUGUCUGA